AUGUCAAUUCAACAAGAUAGUAAUAAUAAUAAUAAUAAUAAUAAUAAUAAUGAUAAUAAUAAUGAUAAUAAUAAUAAUGUAAUACAAGAGAAUUCUUAUAACAAAUUAAUGAAUUCUUUCCCUACAAGAUGGGAAAUAGAAUUGGAAUUUGUCCAAUCUUUAAGUAAUUUACCUUAUGUUUCAUAUUUAGCUCAAAAUAAUUAUUUGAAAGAUGAAAAGUUUAUAAAUUACUUGAAUUAUUUACAAUAUUGGAAUAAUCCAAAUUAUUCAAAAUAUUUAGUAUAUCCAAAUUGUUUACAUAUCUUAAAUUUAUUACAACAAGAACAAUUUAGAAAUGAUAUUAUAAAUCCUGAUUUUGUAAAUAAAUUAAUGAAUGAUAUGAUACAAAGAUGGCAAGAGAAUGAAAUACAACAACCUCAAAUAGAGAACAAUAAGGAUAAUAAUAAUACUAGUAAUACUAAUACUAGUAAUACUAAUGAAAUACGAGAUGAGAAGGAUCAAGAAAUGAAUUAG